AGUCUGGCACAGGUGUACAGGCUCCUCCCCCUCAGUCUUGCACAGGUGUACCUGCUCCUCCCCCUCAGUCUUGCACAGGUGUACCGACCCUCCCCUUCAGUCUUGCACAGGUGUACAGGCUCCUCCCCCUCAGUCUUGCACAGGUGUACCAGCUCCUCCCCCUCAGUCUGGCACAGGUGUCCCGGCUCCUCCCCCUCAGUCUUGCACAGGUGUACCUGCUCCUCCCCCUCAGUCUUGCACAGGUGUACCGGCUCCUCCCCCUCAGUCUUGCACAGGUGUACCGGCUCCUGCCCUUCAGUCUUGCACAGGUGUCCUGGCACCUCCCCUUCAGUCUUGCACAGGUGUACCGGCUCCUCCCCUUCAGUCUUGCACAGGUGUACCUGCUCCUCCCCUUCAGUCUUGCACAGGUGUCCCGGCUCCUCCCCUUUCAGUCUUACACAGGUGUACCGGCUCCUCCCCUUCAGUCUUGCACAGGUGCAUCGGCUCCUCCCCUUCAGUCCUGCACAGGUGUAC